AUGGUGGCAAUGCCUCAGCGGGGCUUAGACGAAGUGACGGCGGCGGCGAUGUCCAGCGAGGUGCUCCGAAGUUUCGAGGAGGAUUUCGCCUGGCAUUUGCAUCGUGAAGGGCAAAUGCUGCGCAUCUCCGCUGCGGUGCUUGGCUUUGCUGGAGCUGGUGCUCUAACCUUUCUGGGGUCUGCGGCCUUGCCAUUUCUCAGCAUUGGGCCUCUGAAGGUUGCCUUGACCAGUGCGUUUGGGGCCUUGGGAGGGUCGCACUGGGCUGGGCGCCAGAGCGAGCUGGAAACCAGGCGGCAGGGGGUGGCAAAGUCCUGGGAAGCUGGUGCCAAUGCUUUAGUGGCCAUUGCGGGCAGCUUCCCGCCCAGGCCCACGAUCCGACGACUGAAGCGGAUCGUGAAGUGGGCCCAUCGGUUGCUGGCGCGGCCAGGUGCUCUUGCGGGAGAUUGGCGCCUAGCAGUCUUCAUCGAGGUGGCCUGUGCUUUUGCGCCCUGGGCACAGCGUGUCUACUUCGAACGGCAUCGGAGCAAGAGUGGAGGGACGUUGAGGUACCAAUCUUUGCUCCACUUGCUUCCGCUUUAUCGUUUUCUUCAAAGGAGUGCUGCAGCUCAGGUGGCUCAAGAACUAUGUUCUUCACUCGCAGCACGCCGUGGGUCUGGAUGGGAGGAAGAAGAUGAGAGGCCCAGAACAGGUCCACCGGAGCGCCGGUGCCUCGCACUGGCAACCGUCUUGCAGACGAUUGCGGCCCUGGAGACAUUGGAUGAUGUCGCCUACGAUCGGCUGACCCGGGGCCUCGAUUUGCACAAGGACGGGAGUUCCUGGUUUUCAUGGAUGCGAUCCAUGAAACGCCGAAAUGCCUUGGGACGUCGGCAGCUUCAGAACAUCAUGCGGGCUGGUCGUGCCGUCUUGCGACCCAUGGAGAUUCGCGAUUCCUUGACCUCGAUCCCACCGAUGGUGUUGCCCGGUGAUGCAGAAGAAGAGGAAGACAGUGGAGAUGAGGAUGCUCUGGAGUUUGUCUCCAUCACCAACUCAGUGCCCGGUGAUGGAGAGUCUGGUUACGAGCAGCGGAGGAAUGAUUUUCGGCAAGGGACUGGGGAGCAUAGCUGGAGUCUGCACGAUCCGUUCAACUACAAGCUUCGAUCAGCCUCGUACUUCACUGAUGGGUCAAAGAUGCCUUCAGGUGCAGCCAUGCUGGAGCUUCUGGACAUUGACAUCGUGCGGAUCGGCGGCCUUGGGCCGGUCUUUGAAUCUGCCAAGCAUCCCGACUUCUCCUUCCAGGGACUGCGGCGCGCUGGCGAGAGACGCUUCCUUUGGAUCUGGAACUUUGUCAUGCCACCCUAUCAGACCAUCUUGACUGCAGCCCUGGACCCAGCAGCACCGUGGCUCGAGGAUGAGAACUCCCCACAGGCCCUGGUCUGGCGACGGUUCUUGGAGGCCGACGCGGAGGAGCGGAAGGCCAAGUUGAAGGCGAUCUUCUCGGUGGAGGUCGGACCUUGGGUUCUAAAGAAGAUUGCAAUCAAAAAGCCCACGUUGAUUGGAAAGAAAAUGUCAAUGGCAAGUCACCACGUGCCGAACGACUACAUUGAGAUAACCCUGGAUGUCACGAAUGGUGGACAAGGAGGUGGCUAUGAAGAGAUGGUCACUGGCAUGGUUUUGCGACAUGUCAAAAGCUUGGAGUGUGGGCUUUGCUGUCUUCUGGAGGCCACAGAGCAAGAUGAAUUGCCAGAGUGCGCUCUCUUUGCGUGCCGCGUCUCGCAUGCGGAUUUCGGCAAGAUGACUCCGCCAGCGGAUCCUGAAGCUUGA